CCCGCCCGGGCCUGUGACGCGGCGGGCGCCACUCCGGCUCCGCCUCCGGCCCAGAGAGCGCGGGAAGCCUCGAAGCCGGCAAGGACGGAGGAGGCAGCCAGGCCAGCCCGCCAGCCAGCGAGGGUGGGCCGCCCCAGGGCAGGGGGGCCGCACGUGGAAAAAUGCCUUCAUCACAAAAGCCAAUGAGAUAUGGCCACACAGAAGGCCUCACGGAUGUCUGUUUUGAUGACAAUGGAAGCUGCAUUGUAACUUGUGGUAGCGAUGGAGAUGUCAGGAUUUGGGAAAGCCUGGAUGAUGAUGACCCCAAGUCGAUUAAUGUGGGAGAGAAGGCCUACUCAUUUGCUCUCAAGAAUGGAAGAUUAAUUACUGCAGUAUCGAACAACACUGUCCAGAUCCAUACAUUCCCGGAGGGUGUUCCAGAUGGUAUCCUGACUCGCUUCACUAUGAAUGCAAACCAUGUGGUUUUCAGUGCUGAUGGAAGCAAAGUAGCUGCUGGAUCCAGUGACUUUGUGGUGAAGAUUGUGGUGGUAACUGACAGCAGCCAGCAAAAGACAUUUCGAGGCCAUGAUGCACCCAUUUUAAGUGUGGCUUUGGAUCCCAAGGAUGCUUUUCUGGCAUCAGCAAGCUGUGAUGGGUCUGUCAAAGUGUGGAAAAUCUCAGAGCAGACCUGUGAGAGAAGCUGGCCACUGUUGCAGAAGUGCAAUGAUGUGGUGAAUGCAAAAUCAAUAUGUAGACUUGCCUGGCAACCAAAGAGAGGAAAGUUGCUAGCCAUUCCUGUUGAGAAAGUCGUUAAAUUGUACAGAAGGGAAAGCUGGGAUCAUGAAGCAGAUCUGUCAGACGCUUUCAUCGCCAAGCCUCUCAAUGUUGUAGCCUGGUCUCCAUGUGGACAGUAUGUGGCAGCAGGAAGUGUUGGGGGAUACAUCGUCGUCUGGAACGUGGACACCAAGGAGUGCCUGGAAAGGGUGAAGCAUGAGAAAGGUUACACUAUCUGUGGAAUGGCAUGGCACCCCAAAGACAACCAAAUAGCUUAUUCCGACAUGGAAGGCAACCUGGGACUGCUGGAGAAUGUCUGUGUUGUAGCUGGAAAGAAGUCGCACCACCAGGCAUCUGCUGCUGCUGCUGUCAAAGACUAUGAUGAUCUUUUUGAUGAGGAUGACAAUGAGGACUUCCUGAACGGAGACAUGAUUGAACCCCAGUCCUCCCCAAAGGCAGUAACAAAUGAGGAGGAGGAGGAAGAUGACCUUAUGAGGGCAUCAGGGCGUCCCAGAAAUCGAGGCGCGAUCAUAGAAGAUGAUGAGAACUCUCUAGAUAUUGGGUUGCUGAAAGCUAAUUAUGCUCUUGAGGAGGAGGGGGAGGAGGAUCAGGAAAGCCUUGUUCCUGUCCAGCCACUAUCCUCCACCCAGAGACCUUUCUAUGAAGGACCAAUGCCCACUCCUCAGCAGAAGCCAUUCCAGCCUGGCUCCACUCCGGCACAUCUCACCCACCGCUUCAUGGUGUGGAAUUCUGUUGGAAUUAUCCGCUGCUAUAAUGAUGAGCAGGACAGCGCGAUCGAUGUGGAAUUCCAUGACGCUGCCAUCCACCAUGCCAUGCACUUGCCCAAUUCUUUGAACCACACAAUGGCAGACCUUUCUAGUGAAGCUAUCUUACUAGCCUGUCAGGGCACAGAGGAACUAUCAAGCAAGCUUUACUGCAUCCAUUUCAACUCCUGGGACUCCAACAAAGAAUGGACGGUCGACAUGCUGCCGGACGAAGAGGUUGAAGCGAUUGGCUUGGGCCAGGGCUGGGCUGCCUGUGCCACUAGCAGCCGUCUGCUUCGCGUGUUCACCACUGGGGGAGUCCAGAAGGAGAUCUUCAGCCUCCCUGGCCCAGUGGUGUCCAUGGCAGGACAUGGAGAGCAGCUGCUGCUGGUCUUUCACAAAGGUACUGGCUUUGAAGGGGAUCAGUGUCUUGGGGUACAGCUAAUAGAGCUUGGAAGAAAGAAGAGACAGAUCUUACUCAGUGACCCACUUCCCCUUUCCAGGAAAUCUCAUCUGACGUGGGUAGGAUUUUCAGCAGAGGGUACCCCUUCUUACGUGGAUUCAGGGGACAUUGUGCGGAUGUUGAACAGAGGGCUCGGUAAUACCUGGACUCCGGUCUGUGACACAAGGGAGCACUGCAAAGGAAAGUCGGAUCACUACUGGGUUGUUGGCAUUCAUGAAAGCCCUCAGCAGCUUAGGUGCGUUCCUUGUAAAGGUGCCCGUUUUCCACCUACGCUUCCCCGUCCUGCGGUAGCAGUGUUGCCGUUUAAGCUUCCUUAUUGUCAGACUGCAACAGAUAAAGGUCAGAUGGAGGAGCAGUUCUGGCGCUCCAUCUUGUUCCACAACUACCUGGACUACUUAUCCCAAAAUGGAUACGAAUGUGAUGAGAGCGUGAAAGGCCAGGCAGUUCAAGAGCAGCAGAAUCUUCUAAUGAAAAUGUUUGCACUUUCCUGCACAUUGGACCGUGAAUUUCGCUGUCUGGAGCUUGCGGAGCUCAUGACUCAAAACGCCACGAGUUUAGCCGUCAAGUAUGCUUCCCGCUCUCGGAAGCUGGUCCUUGCCCAGAAGCUCAGCGAACUGGCAGCGGAGCGAGCAGCUGAGUUAGCAGGCACUGAAGACUAUGGCAGGGAAGAAGAAGAACAGCAGCAGCAGCAGCAGGAUUUCAGAAGCCACCUAAAUGCCGGUUAUAGUAACACCCCCACAGAAUGGAGCCAGACUCGGGUCAGAAACCUUCAACGCCAGCAAAGCCUUGAGGCAGAUGAAAAUGCUAAGGACGAAGAGGAAGGAACGCCAGAAGUGUCAAAACCUAGAUCCCCUGCACCCUCCAGAACUGCAUCCACUCCCAAAUCUGCUGCAGUCAUACCAAGUAACCAAGGCCGAGUCAAUCCCUUCAAGGUUUCCAGUAGCCAAAAGGAUCCAGUGGCUCACUCAGCUCAUAUCUUAGACAACAUGACCAAGGCCUCCAGGAAAAAUCCCACGCCAAAUGGCCGAGCUGCCCCGAACAAGGAGAAGGGUCCAGUUAUAAAGCCGCUGGUUCCCAAGCCCAAGUCAAAACAGGCUACAGCAGCUGCAUUCUUUCAACCCCGAGCCUUCAGCUCUGAAAAGAAGGCCACAGAAGGGAGAGGAGAGAGAGCUACAGCGACAUCUUCUGAAACUAAAACUUUGACUGAGAACAGUGACAAGAAAAGCUCAGCUGUAGCAGCACCAUCUGAAACCCAAACUUUGACUGAGAAUGGUGACAAGAAAAGGGCAAAGACUGGAUUCCAGCUGUGGCUAGAAGAGAACAGAAGCUGUAUCUUGGCAGAGAAUCCCAACUUUGAAGAAACGGAGAUGAUAAAAGAAGGCAUGAAUCGGUUUAGAAUUCUGUCUCCUGAAGAACGGCUGGCUUGGACUGAGAGAGCCAAAGGAAAAGAAGUGGGCAAUUCAGAAGAAGUUAAAAAGCGGAAGCGCCUGGAAGAUGUUAACAGUGAUGAGCAAGAAGGCCAAGAGCAAAAAUCAGAGGAGGACUCGAGCUCUGCCAAAAAACCCAAACCCUUUAACCAAUCUGCCAGUGCAAAGUUAUCAGCGUUUGCCUUCCAGCAGAGCUAAACUGGCUGCCUGCCUUCCCAAGGACCACUUGCUGAUAGUUGACCUUCAGCCUGUUGAUUGAAGAGCUCGGCCAAUAGGCAGCCAAAGAUGACUCUUCCAAGAAAGUGCUGUCCUGUGCUGAGCAUCUAGGUGAAGAAGCUCUCUGUGGAAGCAUGAACGCUACAGAGAGGUGUUGCUUAACUGUGUUGCAUAGAAUAGCUUCAAAUCUCGUUGGCCAUUGCAGGUGUGGCAUUUUGCCACAUGGGGAUAUAGUCGCAAAAGUUGGUUUCAAUGAGCCAAGAGAUCAAAUAAUUCUCCAAGUAAGAUUUGUUCUUCUAAUAGGCCAACUUCUUUCAUUUUUGACAAUAUUACCAUGGUAAGGAAUAGCAGAGUCAACAAGGAGACAAAGAGGGUGUGGGUGCAAGAGAUUACCCAAGUGUCAAGUUACAUCUGGUUUUUGUUCCGUUCUAGUUUGCAGUUUGCAGCCUGGGAAGUGGUCCAGCACAUCUUAAGGCUGCUUCUCACAUUUUGGGGGGCAAGCCACAGAAGAGGCUACUCCAUCACCAGCCUUGGUCAAUUGCUCAAUUCAUUCAUCCUCCCAAGAAUGACCUUGUAUGUUCAUUAUGUUCAGCUCAUCUGUGUGGACAGAUGAGUGUUGUGCGGUGGAGCUGUUGGACGACUGCUUCGCCAUGUGGUCAGAUUGAAUGAGAUUAACCCCACCCAUGUUUAGUUUGUGUAACCUCAUCAAGGAGAGACUUGAACAUAUGGAGUAUCACGGGGUAUGCCUGUAAUUUGUACAGCAAAUAGACACAUCCAGGACUUGGAAUUUUGUACGUAUGUUAUUGGUGUUACUCAAUAAAGUGAUGACACUUUUGUGUCUUGGUUGUCUGUA